AUGGAAUCCCAGAAGUCUGCUCCGGUCCCGCUUUGGAUUCUGAUCGAAUGGGAAACACCCUUCCUCGGGGAGCCGGAUUCGUAUGCCGUCGUUUCUUCGUCCGAUAUCAUUAUACCGUUUGGCAGUGAAACGAUCGCCGAUGGUAGUGCGCGGCUUUACACCGGCAAGCUAAUCCAGGUGAAACGUGGAAAUCAGAUUCUACCGGCAUACAUCGUCAUAAGCUCUGAAUCGAAAGAAUUCGUUGAGACGCAAUUGUGGCAGCUGAGGAAGAUGGACGCCGAAACUGCGCCAAUUAUUAAACAGGCGACGCACGUGGUGCAAGCGGAUCGAUCGUCUUCGAAUCAAUUCAGGCAUACAGCUUCGCAUCAGAAACAACUUGAGUGGAAUUUACUGCAGCAGAAACAGCAGCUGCAGACAAAUCCUACCAAAAGACAAAGGGUAUACGAAUCAGAUGAACAUCCACUAUCACCACCAAUGGAGAGCUCGCUUGGAAUAUCACGAAGCACGGGGCGUGCAGCGUCCCCGCCAGUGCGUACGAUUAUCCCAAGAGCCUAUCAGAGCCGCACCGAAUACCGGCCCAUGACUUUUGAUCAGCAAACACAAACCAUCGGCAUGGGAUCAUCGCUUUCGCAGGGUUGCUCUAACGAGGCACAAAUCGAACGGAUACUUUCUUGCCUCGAAGGAAUAAUGGUCGAACAGCGAAGUUAUCGAAUGGAGUGCGAGUUCAACCGUAAGCUUCUGCUGGAGUUGAACGAGAAGAUAAACGCAUACAAAGAACAUUUCGAUAAGGGAGUGGUUAUCGCUGUGGGCACGGACGAAAUGAGCGAGGAAGAAGCACCGACCGAGCAGAAGGUGCAGGUUUCACAAAACGAAUCUGAACAAUUGGCCAGCAACAACAACAACAACAACAACAACGAGCACAAUAGAAAGUGUGAGAUGAGGAAGCUAACACGUGAAUAUGCGGCUAGUGUACUCAUCAACCGACCGCCAACGAGCAAUAGUGAAGAAUCCAUUGAAACAACCAACCUACCGAUCGUCUUCAUUGACGACUGUUCGAUGCCAGUGAGCAUUACAAAUCUACCGGCUCCACAGCCAACCAAGAUGGAGGAGAACGGAGGAGAAAGCGUUACCAUGGCUAGCUCCGACCGAGGAACCAUUCAAGAGAUGAUCGUUAACGAUUGGAACGACGAACGGAGCACAUCGUCAGUGGAUACCAAGAGCACGGCGGAAGACCCAUUGAUUGAGGAUCGUUCGACUUGUAUAAGAUCCAUUCCGGAAAGUGUGUUGAACAAGAUCAAUUGGUCCAACUACAAAGUCGCCACACGGAAGCUUCUAAUGAAUGUCUUUACGCGGGAGGAACUAGCUACCCACUCACUUACUGGGCGUCCAUCACCGGCAUUUCGAAACGAGCACCAGAAACCGGUCAAACAUCCGCUGGAUCCAACUGUUGUCGCUAGUGUAAUCAAACUGGUCUCUACGCGAUGCAAAGUCGAGGAGAGCUUAGUACGUUCAGCCAUUACCACCAAGCUGGCCGAUGAGAAUAAGAUGUACCGCAUGAGGGUAUCGCAGCGUCCAUCGCGGAUGCAAAAACAGUUAACUGGAGAGACGAACAAGGAAAACGUUAAACAAGAAUCAAACUAA